CUGCGUUCGCGGCGAGAGGCCAGUCAGUCAGUCAGCGCGGCGCUUCAAGUGAACGUGCGGUCGAUACAAGCUCCAAAUCCGUAUCAUUUCCAUGUGAACCAGACGACAACAAAGUAGCAACAGAGAUACGACCUGACCGACCGACAGCAGACCGUGCCUCCACAUCUCCUUGUUCUCAUUGCAGACCAGCUUUCUGAAUGAAUUUCCCGACGUGAGAGGCCGUGCAGCUGAGAUGCCCCAAAGAAAACAGCCGAGAUCGCUGAAGACAUUAAGCCAAGAGUGUAUUACAUAUCAUCUGGCCGUCACCUGUCGCAAGCUGCAGGCGGCGGCUCAAGAUGGUGCGGCACCGCAAGUUUUGAGCCUGACCAAGAAGAAGCUGCGACCUUUGUUCCAGAACAAUCUACCAGGCCCUAUCAGGACCGACCUUCUGCGUGAGACGUCCCGCAUCCUCAACUCGCCACCCUCGGACGGCUCCAGCUCGCCAGGGGCGGGUCCGGCGGCCCUUUAUCUGCUUACGCUGCUUCUAUCGCCUGACGUCAAAAGUUUGCGCAUCGAAUUGUGCUGCUACUACGGAUGCAGUCACCAGGCUGCGUUGUUGCGACUGCUGGCGCAGGAGGGCACCGGACUGCGAAGCCUGGAGAUCGCGCGGACGGCCCUGCUUCGGCUGGACAAGAGCCUCCUCAGCUCGGCCUUGACCGCGGCUCCCUCGCUCAGGAAACUGGUCAUGCGAAACAUCGCCAACGACGCAAUUUUGAAGAUCAUUGGAGCCAGUUGUCCAAAUUUGGAGGAGCUGGACGUGGCCCACUCGCGUCAGGUGACCGAUAAUGGUGUGCAAGACCUUCUAGUCAGCGUUGAGUUUAAAGACAAGACUUCACCCGACCACAACGAGGACGCCCAACGCCGAAAGUCGCCAGUACAACGAUGGGGGAAGCUGCGCAUGCUGUCAAAGUUGGUGCCGUGGAUGAAAAGCGAAAACUCAGACAAGCACAAAAAGGUUCUGCUUCACUAUUGCGAGAGACGCAACCCGCUCUGCUCCUCUCUCCACACACUGGACAUCAGCAACACGGGGGUCAGCACGACAGGGGUGCUACUCGCCCUGAACCACGCACCCAGAUUACAGUCCUUUGGUGACUACGCGCACACUGGCACUGCUCUGGAGGCUUUGGAUAAGACCCCGGUCCAGAAUGAAAAUCGCAACAACAGGUUCCACCUGAUAGCUGCAAGGGUUGUGAGAGCCACCCAGAACCGUUUAGAAUCGAUCAUACACCACUGCCCUGAACUAAGAACGUUAGUGUUGGAUGAGCCACGCCUGCCUGCCUCUGCUCUGCAGAUCAUUCCUAAAGGGCUCCGCAUUCUGGCCAUCCAUUCUGCGCCAACAGAUCCAAAUUGGCUCAACUGUCUGUACUCGCAUCUCAGGAGUAGUGGUCAGACUUUGAAGGAGCUUACCCUGAGAUUUAACUUUGUGAAUCCCGGCACCCACGACGAGCCCCGGCCAGUAUGCAACUUUGAUCUCUCACAGGUUGUGGAUUCGUGCCCUGAGCUGAAGAGUUUGGUGAUUGAUGGAGUGAACGUCAUUUGGGACUCCGAACAGAACAUCACCUUUGCAGAAAAAAAGCCAUUACCACAACUAAAAUAUGCGCACUUGGGCAGAAUCGUCAGUGCCCAGGCCGUCACUAGGUUGCUCCGGUGUGCACCUGACCUCAGGGUGUUACACGCCUUCUGUUGUCCUGACCUACAGGACCGUGAGUUGAGGCAUCUAGUGCCUCACAUGAAGAAGCUUGAGUGUUUUUACAUUUAUGAGGCACGUCAGGUGAAAACCUCUGGAUCUGUAAACGCGCUGAUCGGCGCUUGUGGCCAACUAAGCCGACUGGGCAACCUGGCCACGUGGGGCCUUGACUGCGAAAGUUCGCGCGCAGUGCACAACGUGAUCAACUCGGGUCAGCUGCAACUUGAGCUUCUCAACGGCUCCCAUUGGUUCAACUCCACUUGCGUUCGGACAGUUUGAGUACCUACGCAGGUGCAAAAACUAAGGCUGUGUUUUAUGUGUGCAUUUCUCAGCAGUGCCAAUCGAGUAAAAUAUUGUCGGGUAGUGAACAAAGAGUAUAUCAAUCCAAAAUAAUGUGUUCCCCAAUGAGCUAUUUUCGCUGUAGAAAUAAAACUUGAUGUUCGCAGA